AAGGCCUUUAGGCUCGAUAAUUUUAAUUGCAGUCUUCCCCGCCCUUCGCCCUCCUUUCCCCCUCCCCCGCCAGUGAACUUCUUCCGGCCCAACAGCUUCGGGACUAUGUACUAAACUGCUCUAAAAAAAAGUUAACUUGAUCCGUUUAAUUUAAAUGUCAUAAUCUGGUAUAUAGUACUGAAGAGUGUGACAAGCAGAGAUUUUAGUGAGUGAGUCUAAGAAUCUAGGGUUGACUUUGCCAUCCCAGCAGUGGAUUAGUUGUGGUGACAGGUUUUCUUUUUUAAAAAAAUUAGUGAUGUGAACGUGCCUUUUUAAAAACAGCUAUUACUUAUUUUGGGCCAAACCCUGUACACUAAGUGCCCUUCUUUCGUUAUGUCAUUUGACAGUUUAAAUGACCUGAGGAGACAGAUGGUAUCCCAUUUUACACAUAAGAAAACAGAUUAACAUAUCCAGGGUCACACAGGUACUUAGGAUCCUGACAGGGAUGAAAAAAGCCUAGAUCUUGCUGCCUCCAAAACCCAACUACUGUACAUAGAAACAGUAGUCCUGUGUUCUAAGAAACAACAGAAUCAACUCCCAAGUGUAAGGUGGGGGGAUUUGGGGAAAAUUUAUUUUAAAAAUAAAAGCAUUUAUAUGUCACUUUUUUUAAGGGUAGUAUUUAGUUUCACAAUGUUUGGGGACCUAUUUGAAGAGGAGUAUUCCACUGUGUCUAAUAAUCAGUAUGGAAAAGGGAAGAAAUUAAAGACUAAAGCUUUGGAGCCUCCUGCUCCUAGAGAAUUCACCAAUUUAAGCGGAAUCAGAAAUCAGGGUGGAACCUGUUACCUCAAUUCCCUUCUUCAGACUCUUCAUUUCACACCUGAAUUCAGAGAAGCUCUCUUUUCUCUUGGCCCGGAGGAGCUUGGUUUAUUUGAAGAUAAGGAUAAACCUGAUGCAAAGGUUCGAAUCAUCCCUUUACAGUUACAGCGCUUGUUUGCCCAGCUUCUGCUCUUAGACCAGGAAGCUGCAUCCACAACAGACCUCACUGACAGCUUUGGGUGGACCAGCAAUGAGGAAAUGAGGCAACAUGAUGUGCAGGAACUGAAUCGAAUCCUCUUCAGUGCUUUGGAAACUUCCUUAGUUGGGACCUCCGGUCAUGACCUCAUCAAUCGUCUGUAUCAUGGAACCAUUGUUAACCAGAUUGUUUGUAAAGAGUGUAAGAACGUCAGUGAGAGGCAGGAAGACUUCUUAGAUCUAACAGUAGCAGUCAAAAAUGUAUCUGGUUUGGAAGAUGCUCUCUGGAACAUGUAUGUAGAAGAGGAAGUUUUUGAUUGUGACAACUUGUACCACUGUGGAACUUGUGACAGGCUGGUUAAAGCAGCAAAGUCGGCCAAAUUACGUAAGCUGCCUCCUUUUCUUACUGUUUCAUUACUAAGAUUUAAUUUUGAUUUUGUGAAAUGCGAACGCUACAAGGAAACUAGCUGUUAUACAUUCCCUCUCCGGAUCAAUCUCAAGCCCUUUUGUGAACAGAAUGAAUUGGAUGACUUAGAAUAUAUGUAUGACCUCUUCUCAGUUAUUAUACACAAAGGUGGCUGCUACGGAGGCCAUUACCAUGUAUAUAUUAAAGAUGUUGAUCAUUUGGGAAACUGGCAAUUUCAAGAGGAAAAAGGUAAGCCAGAUGUGAAUCUGAAAGAUCUCCAGAGUGAAGAAGAGAUUGAUCAUCCACUGAUGAUUCUAAAAGCAAUCUUAUUAGAGGAGGAGAAUAAUCUAAUUCCUGUCGAUCAGCUGGGCCAGAAACUCUUGAAAAAGAUAGGAAUAUCUUGGAACAAGAAGUACAGAAAACAGCAUGGACCACUGCGGAAGUUCUUACAGCUCCAUUCUCAGAUAUUUCUACUCAGUUCAGAUGAAAGUAUAGUUCGUCUCUUGAAGAAUGGUUCUCUCCAGGCUGAGUCUGAUUUCCAAAGGAAUGACCAGCAAAUUUUCGAGACGCUUCCUCCAGAAUCCCCAGGUUUAAACAGUAGCAUCUCCUGUCCCCACUGGUUUGAUAUAAAUGAUUCUAAAGUCCAGCCAAUCAGGGAAAAGGAUAUUGAACAGCAAUUUCAGGGUAAAGAAAGUGCCUACAUGUUGUUUUAUCGGAAAUCCCAGUUGCAGAGACCCCCUGAAGCUCGAGCUAAUCCAAGAUAUGGGGUUCCAUGUCAUUUACUGAAUGAAAUGGAUGCAGCUAACAUUGAACUACAAACCAAAAGGGCAGAAUGUGAUUCUGCAAACAAUACUGUUGAAUUGCAUCUUCACCUGGGCCCUCAGUACCAUUUCUUCAAUGGGGCUCUGCACCCGGUAGUCUCUCAAACAGAAAGCGUGUGGGAUUUGACCUUUGAUAAAAGAAAAACUUUAGGAGAUCUCCGGCAGUCAAUAUUUCAGCUGUUAGAAUUUUGGGAAGGAGACAUGGUUCUCAGUGUUGCAAAGCUUGUACCAGCAGGACUUCACAUUUACCAGACACUUGGCGGGGAUGAACUGACACUGUGUGAAACUGAAAUUGCUGAUGGAGAAGAUAUCUUUGUGUGGAAUGGGGUGGAGGUUGGUGGAGUCCACAUUCAAACUGGUAUUGACUGCGAACCUCUGCUUUUAAAUGUUCUUCAUCUGGACACAAGCAGUGAAGGAGAAAAGUGUUGCCAGGUGAUAGAAUCUCCACAUGUCUUUCCAUCUAAUGCAGAAGUGGGCACUGUCCUCACAGCCUUAGCAAUCCCAGCAGGUGUCAUCUUCAUCAACAGUGCUGGAUGCCCAGGUGGGGAGGGUUGGAUGGCCAUCUCCAAGGAAGACAUGAGGAAGACGUUCAGGGAGCAAGGGCUCAGAAAUGGAAGCUCAGUUUUAAUUCAGGAUUCUCAUGAUGAUAACAGCUUGUUGACCAAGGAAGAGAAAUGGGCCACUAGUAUAAAUGAGAUUGACUGGCUCCAUGUUAAAAAUUUAUGCCAGGUAGACUCUGAAGAGAAGCAGGUUAAAAUAUCAGCAACUGUUAACACAAUGGUGUUUGAUAUUCGAAUUAAAGCCAUAAAGGAAUUAAAAUUAAUGAAGGAACUAGCUGACAACAGCUGUUUGAGACCUAUUGAUAGAAAUGGGAAGCUUCUUUGUCCAGUGCCGGACAGCUAUACUUUGAAGGAAGCAGAAUUGAAGAUGGGAAGUUCAUUGGGACUGUGUCUUGGAAAAGCACCAAGUUCCUGUCAGUUGUUCCUGUUUUUUGCAAUGGGGAGUGACAUUCAACCUGGGACAGAAAUGGAAAUUAUAGUAGAAGAAACAAUAUCUGUGAGAGAUUGUUUAAAGUUAAUGCUGGAGAAAUCUGGCCUACAAGGAGAUGCCUGGCAUUUACGAAAAAUGGAUUGGUGCUAUGAAGCUGGGGAGCCUUUAUGUGAAGAAGAGGCAACACUGAAAGAACUUCUGAUAUGUUCUGGAGAUACUUUGCUUUUAAUUGAAGGACAACUUCCUCCUCCGGGUUUCCUGAAGGUGCCCAUCUGGUGGUACCAGCUUCAGGGUCCCUCAGGACACUGCGAGAGUCAUCAGGACCAGACCAACUGUACUUCCUCUCGGGGUGGAGUUUGGAGAGCCGCUUUCAGCCAAGGUGCUUCUGUGAAUGAGCCUGCGCCAGUUUCUCUCCUCUACUUGGGAGACGUAGAGAUCUCAGAAGAUGCCACGCUGGCGGAGCUGAAGUCUCAGGCCAUGACCUUGCCCCCAUUCCUGGAGUUCGGUGUCCCAUCCCCAGCCCACCUCAGAGCCUGGACAGUGGAGAGGAAGCGCCCAGGCAGGCUUUUACGAACUGACCGGCAGCCGCUCAGGGAAUAUAAACUAGGACGGAGAAUUGAGAUCUGCUUAGAGCCCCUUCAGAAAGGAGAAAACUUGGGCCCCCAGGACGUGCUGCUGAGGACACAGGUGCGCAUCCCUGGUGAGAGGACCUACGCCCCUGCCCUGGACCUGGUGUGGAACGCGGCCCAGGGCGGGACUGCCGGCUCCCUGAGGCAGAGAGUUGCUGAUUUCUAUUGUCUUCCCGUGGAGAAGAUUGAAAUUGCCAAAUACUUUCCCGAAAAGUUCGAGUGGCUUCCGAUAUCUAGCUGGAACCAACAAAUAACCAAGAGGAAAAAGAAAAAAAAACAAGAUUAUUUGCAAGGGGCACCAUAUUACUUGAAAGACGGAGAUACUAUUGGUGUUAAGAAUCUCCUGGUUGACGACAACGAUGAUUUCAGUACAAUCAGAGAUGACAUUGGAAAAGAAAAGCAGAAACAACGGGCCCUGGGGAGGAGGCAAAGCCGAGAAGCCCUCCGUGAACAGAGCAGCUGCAUCCUCUCCAGUGCAGAGACGCCUGCCCGGACCCGAGCCCCAGAAACUUCGCUCUCCAUCCACGUGGGGAGUUUCAGAUAACCCCGCCGCGCACGGCUCCGCUCCUGAUGAACUCUCCGGCUGAUGCCACAAACGUGGGCUUCCUGGGCAUGGGGACUGGCAGCCUGGCGCCUCCAAUCCCAAAUCCUCUGUUUCCUUUGAGCACAGGGACGGCUCCUCUGCGGCCUGGCCAGUGCACGUAGUCACUUAGCUCUGCAACACAUGGCAGCCUCGGGGGUUGGCACAGCCCUGGACGCCACCCAUCCAGCUGCCAGUAGGUGCUGGGCUCUCACAGCACCUGGCCCCAGCUGGCUUUUUUUUCUUUUAACCAGAAAAUACACAACGUGUGCAGGAAGCGCAGGCACGGAGGCAGCGGCAUGCUGUCACUGCGGUGGGAGGUGUGCGCGGUCAGCCUGGCCGCUUUCCUCCACGUUCAGAUGACUCCCGCUCGCCCUGACUGGGUUCUCACAGUGUCUCAGGCCACUGCGCCACCGCGCUGGUGCUGAGCAGAAGUGGGGUCUGCUUUCAGGACUUCAUUUACCCCACUCGUUCUGGCCCCACAUGCUCCAUGUCUGCCCUUUGGUCUGAGUUAAAACUGCAAUGCUGAAAAGUGUGAGCUCUUUCCACGAGGAGGAACCAGACAGGGCGGCCUCCGAGGGUGAGCCGCUCUGCUAAGCAAGGACGGCCGCUGCGCAUCAGCCCCCAGGCCCAGCCUCCCCUAGGUGCUCUGUGAGGAGAAUGUCCUUGGAUCCCGAGAACUGCGGCCGCUGCCGUCCACAGCGCCUCAUCCUCUCUUCCUUUGUGGAAGUGGGGCAGGCAGGGCUGUGGCAGACAGGCCUGGCAUAGCCCAGGUUCCAGGUGUCCUGGGCAGCCUGACUGGGUUCCUGAGUAGACUCAAUGAAAACACCUGAGAAAAAACGUAAACUAAGGAAGCGUUUUUCCACUUAAUCCAACCCAGGUUUCUAUUCAUCUUAAAGGAUUUAAUUGGCAUUUGUGAGAAAUAAUAGCACCUGUGUCACUGAGUUGAUUUGGGACACAGAUGGUUGACUUUCCCAGACAGCAACUUAGCGGAAAGCAGCAUCCCGAAGACGGUGUCACACGUUCUGAGCCUGCUUGUCACCUGGGCCUCAUGGUUUCUUGUCAGCCCCGUCACUGAUGGGAAGCAGCACUGACGUGUGAGGGCAGGAAGGACACCGCUGGAGUCAGGCGCUCCCCCGCCUGUGACCCUUUUCCAACAAGCUGACGCUGAGCCAGCGGCCCGCUCUGCCCCGCAUCCUCCUCCCAACGGUCCAAACCACUACCAGACAGGAGCCGCGUCGCUUCCACACACGUGUCUGAGCGUCUGCCAUAGAUGUCUGUGCGUUUCUGUGAAGCACUGUGCCGUAAGGACUGGACUCUGACGAGCAAGCUGCCUCCCACUCCCAAACACUGACCCCGCUCAGGAGACUCACCCUGGGUGUAGACGGCGUCUUUAUAGAGGGAGAUAGAGGCUUCUGAUGACACCAUGGAGCUGGGCGCCCAGCCCUUCUUAAGCUGUUCUGUUUCUGUGGCUCUGACAUAUUUCCGUAGCAUCCCCCUUCAUCUCAUCUCAACGUAAUGAAACUAAUGAAAUCGCUGAAAAGCUUUGCCUUUGAGAGGCCAGAAGCCUCGCAGAAUGUCUCUGCAAGUCCAAAGACGCCUGUGGGUUGAUGUGCCUUUAAGUCCAGCAGGUGCGUGUGACCAGGCCAGCCUAUGCAUGUGGCCUUUGCCUUCUUCCCUUUCUUCCUGUUUUCUGUUUUUUUAAAUUGGGUUUUGAGAACGCUGUAUGAUUUUGUUAAAGGAGAAAUAAACCAUUUUUUAAAGUUGUA